CGUGGCCAUGGAGUAACGCAGCCUACACCUGGGCAAAUGGAGGUCGAUCAUCUGCAGAGCCUUACAUUCCUCACUGCAGCAGAAAUCUCCAGGUCGUGUUGCUGAGAGCAGAGGGACCCCUUCCCGGAUCAUCUCAGCCCUUCCCGGGGCAGCUGGACAGCAAUCACUGCAGGCACCUUUCCUACACCGCUUCUUCACCUGAGAUGAAGGGUCUGGGGACCAGGUCAACGUGGAGGUAUCCAGCCACAAUGCUCAGCUUCAAGCUGCCUCAACUCCUUCAAGUCCAUCAGGUUCCCCGGGUGUUCUGGGAAGAUGGCAUCAUCUCUGGCUACCGAUGCCCCACAAGCUCGGCCUUAGACUGUGUCCUCAGCUCCUUCCAGAUGACCAAUGAGACGGUCAACAUCUGGACUCACUUCCUGCCCACUUGGUACUUCCUGUGGCGCCUCCUGGUAUUGGGUAGCCCCGGCUUCCGCGCAGAGCCCUACCGCCUUCCGCUGCUGGUCUUCCUCCUGCCCGUCUGCCUCUACCCCUUCGCCUCUUGCUGCGCGCACACCUUUAGCUCCAUGUCGCCCUGUGCGCGCCACAUCUGUUUCUUCCUGGACUACGGGGCGCUCAGCCUCUACAGCCUGGGCUGCGCCUUCCCCUAUGCUGCCUACUCCAUGCCGGCCUCCUGGCUGCACAGCCAUCUGCACCAGCUCUUCGUGCCCGCUGCUGUGCUCAACUCCUUCCUGUGCACCGGCCUCUCCUGCUACUCACGGUUCCCAGAGCUAGAAAGCCCCGGGUUCAGCAAGGCUCUCCGCACAGCCGCCUUUGCCUACCCAUUCUUGUUUGACAGCCUCCCGCUGUUCUACAGACUGCGGCUGUGUUGGGGCAGGGCCCACAGCUGUGGGCAGGACAUGCUGAGCUCCAGCCACGCCUACCACCUUCUCUGUGCGCUGCUCGCAGGCUUCCUUUUUGCAGCCCGUCUGCCAGAGCGCCUGGCACCUGGGCGCUUCGACUAUAUUGGCCACAGCCACCAGCUGUUCCAUAUCAGUGCAGUGCUGGGCACCCACUUCCAGCUGGAGGCGGUGCUGGCUGACAUGGGGUCCCGCAGAGCCUGGCUGGCCACGCAGGAACCCAUGCUGGGCCUGGAGGCCGCCGUGGCCACACUGAGCCUGGCAGGCAUUGGGAACCUGCUCAUCAUCGCCACUUUCACAGCCCUCUUGCUCCGGAGCCCGGGAACCUGCACCCUGCUGCGGGGGAGCCCACUAGAGGAGGGACUCCAGACCAAACAACAGUGAGGUCUGGCUCUGCUACUGGCAUGGAGGGGGCAGAGGCCAGGCCUCAGAACUCUGGAGGAGC